CUAAUGGAGAUUGGACCUCGACUAAAACUUGAGCUGCUCAAAAUUGAGGACGGUAUUGAUGAUGGAGAAGUGCUAUAUCAUCGAAUUAUCAACAAGACCAGCACAGAGUUAGAGAUGCUGAAGAAGGAGGCACCAAAGAAGAAGAAGUUGAAGAAACGCAUGGAACAAGAAAAUGAGCAUCGUGUCAUUCGCCAACUUGAAAAGGCCCGAGAAUUGGCAAGAAAAGAGGAAGAAGAGCUGAAAGCUCUAAAAGAGAAAGCGGCUAGAAAACAGGCCGCUGCUACUGGACAAACAGAAGAUAUUGAAAAUAGCAAGGAAAAAGAUAGAGAAAUCGCCAUGAAUAGGGAAAGGUGGGUGAAAAUAUUCCGUGUAGUGUCUGCACCAAUUUCUCAGUACGUGGAAAUUCUCUUAGCUAAGCUUAGUUUUCUAAAUUUUAUUUGA